UCCGACCUGCUCCUCCACACUCCUCUGCUCUCCUCCCGCUGUGGGCGGGGCCGUCUCUAGAUGUGUGCGCCCUGAGCUGAUGUUGGUUGCUCUGACGGAGCAGUGGGAAGGUCAUCAUCAUCCCGCAAGCAGCUCUCGUCCUCCUCUCCCCACCAUCACCACUCUCAUUCCUGUCCUGUCUCAUUUCCAUUCGCCUCUGCUACACACCGAAGGUUUCCUUUUUCUAAGGAGGAUCACUUUGGAUUAGCACAGCAGUUUUAGGAUGCACUUUGCCAGCGUGUAGCGCUAUUGCUGCAGGAGGAGUCAUUAUUUCAUCAGCUUUUCACCGUGCCAAAGUAUGAGGCUCUGAUCUGCCACUGAAACCGAGAAGAUGUCGACCAUGGUGUAUCCACGGGAAGAGAAGCUGGAGAAGCUCUCUCAGGAGGAGAUCAUCUCCAACACGAAGUUGGUGAUCCAGGGUCUCGAGGCCUUGAAGAAUGAGCACAACUCCAUCCUGCACAGCCUGCUGGAGACCAUCAAGUGCCUGAAGAAGGAUGAGGAGGCCAACUUGGUGCACGAGAAGUCCAACCUGCUCCGCAAGUCAGUGGAGAUGAUCGAACUGGGCCUGGGAGAAGCACAGGUUAUGAUGGCCCUGUCCAACCACCUGAACGCGGUGGAGUCGGAGAAACAGAAGCUGCGUGCCCAGGUGAGGAGGCUUUGCCAGGAAAACCAGUGGCUGCGGGACGAGCUGGCCAACACCCAGCAGAAGCUGCAGAAGAGCGAGCAGAGCGUGGCCCAGCUGGAGGAGGAGAAGAAGCACCUGGAGUUCAUGAACCAGCUCAAAAAAUAUGAUGAAGAUGUCUCACCCACUGAGGAGAAGGACCGAGAAACACCGAAGGACUCCCUGGACGACCUCUUCCCCAAUGAUGAGGAGGAGCACGGCCAAGGAAUGCAGCACCAACACAACAGCGCGGCCGUGGCUGCAGCCCAGCAGGGAGGCUACGAGAUCCCAGCCCGCCUGAGAACCCUGCAUAACCUGGUGAUCCAGUAUGCCUCCCAGGGCAGGUACGAGGUGGCCGUCCCCCUCUGCAAGCAGGCUUUGGAGGACUUGGAGAAGACUUCUGGACACGACCACCCCGAUGUGGCAACCAUGCUUAACAUCCUGGCCUUGGUCUAUAGGGAUCAGAACAAAUACAAAGAGGCUGCUCAUCUGCUGAACGAUGCUCUGUCCAUCCGUGAGAAAACCCUGGGCAAAGACCAUCCAGCUGUUGCUGCCACGCUGAACAACUUGGCUGUGCUGUAUGGAAAGAGGGGGAAGUACAAAGAGGCAGAGCCUCUGUGUAAGAGGGCUCUGGAGAUCAGAGAAAAGGUCCUGGGAAAGGACCACCCAGACGUGGCCAAACAGCUGAACAACCUGGCUCUGCUGUGCCAGAACCAGGGCAAGUAUGAGGAGGUGGAGUACUACUACUGCCGUGCCCUGGAGAUCUAUGAGAGCAGGCUGGGCCCAGAUGAUCCCAAUGUGGCCAAAACCAAGAACAACCUGGCGUCCUGCUUUCUCAAACAGGGGAAAUACAAGGAGGCUGAGAUUCUGUACAAAGAGAUUCUGACUCGUGCUCAUGAGAAAGAGUUUGGAUCUGUUGAUGCUGAAAACAAGCCAAUCUGGAUGCAUGCGGAGGAAAGAGAGGAGAUGAGCAAGGGCAAGCACAGAGACAACACUCCAUACGGAGAGUACGGCGGCUGGUACAAGGCCUGCAAGGUCAACAGCCCUACAGUGAACACCACCCUGAGGAACCUGGGGGCCCUGUACCGCCGACAGGGCAAGCUAGAAGCUGCUGAGACCCUGGAAGAGUGCGCCGUGAGGUCUCGCAAGCAGAGCAACACAGGCAUUGAUCCCAUCCACCAGACACGUGUGGUGGAGAUCCUGAAGGAUACAGAUGGCGACAGGCGGAGGAGCAGGGACAGCCUGAGCAGCGUUAAGUAUGAGAGCGGCUCUGAGACCGGCGAGGAAGUGAGUAUGGGCGUGGAGUGGAAUGGGGAUGGCAGUGGAGCCCUCCAGCGCAGCGGCUCUCUGGGGAAGCUCAGGGACGUUCUCCGUCGCAGCAGUGAGCUGCUGGUGAAAAAACUGCAGGGCAACGGACCGCCUGAACCUCGCAGCACCAACAUGAAGCGAGCUGCUUCCCUGAAUUACCUGAACAAAACCAGUGAUGACCCGUUUCAGACUCGGGGAGGCAGUAAUUUCAGGGAGAGCCGUGGCCUGAGCUCCAGCACUGUGGAUCUCUACACUGGAAACUGAGCAGGUGGUUGUCUAUAGGCUGAUCUUUUCACUGACCCAAAGAGGCUCCUUCCUUUGGCUCGUUCUCUGAGCCACAACGAUCACCCACGACACUACCAGACAGCCUCGCACACGCCCCUCCACUGCCUGUCAGCGUCUGACCCAAAGACUCAUUUCCUACCAGAUUCAGACCCAGAGACAUUUUCUGCCAUCAAAACAUGCACAUAUACAUGAGUGAUGUGUCUUUUCUAGUUUGAUUUUAAAUCCAGUUCUUCCAGAGACAGAUUGCUUUAUUUUCCCCUCAUCAUGUUCCUAACAUUGGUGUUGCUUCAGCGCCUCCUAAAUAUGGCCAAGAAAACAUACCUCAUUUCUCCCCCUUAUUCAUAAUCACCGUGACUCUGCACUGUCACCUCAUCUGUUGCCGUAGUGCCACCUGCUCUGGUAUAUUUCUCCUUAUGUUCUUUUGAUUUGAGAUAUGUGUUCCUCAGAUGUUUCUGUCAUCCUGUGCCAUUCAGUGGUUUAUUAUUAGUGCAAAUUAGAAAAAAAAGUCUUGUAGAUUUCUAUUUUCUGCAAAAUUAGAAUUGUCUUGAGAAUGUCUGGGUUUGAAAUGGCAUCAUGUAAAGUUGACAUGAUUACACUGUUUAAAAAAAAUCAUUUUAUUUUCAUUUUAAUGAUUUUGCCUGUUGAGAUUCAUUUGCAAUGCAAGGUGUAGGUUAAAGCUUUGGGGAACAGGGUGAAAUGUUUAUCUUACUAACAUGACGUGAGUCAUGUGACUUGUUGGGGAUGAGUUUUUGUUCAUACAGACUUUCGGAAAACUAUUACACAUUUAAAUAACCGCAGCUUUAACCUAUACAGCUUUUAGAUCCAAGUGUCUGCUUGAGUUUCUCUUCCGUUGCAGAGAAAACGCAGGAAUAAUCUUUGAGUUGUUUAUGGUCUCAGAGUGCUGACAAACAACCAUGAAAAUGUUCAACGUUUUAGAUUGUAUAUAAAAAAAAAAUGAUUAGGCUGAACUGGGUUGCUUAAUUAAUCCUGGUCAUCCUGAAUGAUCUCUGGUGCCAUGCAGGACUCACCCGCAGACUGUUUCUCUGUGUCUCAGUCGACCUCUGCAGGUUUGAGCUGCCAACCGUGAGCACAUCAUCUUAAAAUGUUUACAGUGAUCAGAAUGUGUGAUACAUUUCUAGAUAUGUGAUACUGAUAGAUUUUUUUGCACAAUUCUCAGAUGGGUGUCUUCUGUCUUUGCAUUUUUAGUGAAGCUCAAAAGAACUGGAAUGUCUUGUAAUUAUUAUUUUUGAUUAAUUUUCCCUCGUUCUGUUUUUCCUUUCAUCGUUUUGUAAUAAAUGUAAACAACAGAAUCUGAUCGAAAGUUCACAAAUCAUAGAAUUCAUCAGGAAAUUAGCGGGAAUAGAACUGAGUUUCAUUGUUGGUAAGAUUUAAAUGUGCAUCGGUUUGAUCUGAUUCUUAAUCUCACGUGUCAUGAAUAAUGUGUGAAAUAAAACCAACAAUUUUCUAGUCA